UGACGGAAGUAACAUGCCAUUUCAAGGGCGGUCACUCCGACUUUUUGGGAGAGGAGUUCCGGAUAGCACUAUACCAGUGAACAGGGCACCAAAGAUGGACAAAUUAGCUUAUACAGGCGCUGUAGCCGUUGGAACAGUGGUGUUGGUUCCGGCUGUCAUUAGUGUUGCAGGAUUCACUUCUGGCGGGAUUGCUGCAGGUUCCCUAGCAGCAAAAGCCAUGUCUGCCGCCGCUGUAGCUAAUGGAGGGGGUGUAGCCGCCGGAAGUGCUGUGGCUGUCCUCCAGUCGGUUGGAGCUGCAGGUUUAGGCACUGCUACCAAGAUGGCCAUUGGGAGUGCUGCUGCUGUAGCCUAUAAUUUCUUCAAGUAACCACUGUCCUGGUUUCUUCCAUACACAAGGAGUAGAAGUAACAUACACAACAAGGAAAUUCAGAAACUAAGUAUAGAAAAGCGACUGAACGUAACUGAAAUGAAUUCUGAAAUUAAUUUUCUAUGAAUUUUGUUCAAAUCUGUAUUGCUUAAGAUAAAAUUAUAAAAAACUGU